CCCCCUGUGUAGUAUAGUGGCGCUUGAGAGGAGCAGCAGCGGCGGCGGAGAGACAAGAUAAAAGAAAGAAGACGACACGCAGCGAGCCUGCCGACUGGAGUGAUAGAAGAGCAGAGGAGAAGAAGAAGCGAAGGAGGGGAAGCAGUGGAAAAGGAGAGAAGCGAGGACGGUGGAGGAGUUUGGGAUUUUUUUGAGAUUUUCUUUCUUUCUCUUUUUUUUUUGGAGCUACGCGUCUGGAUUAGGAGAUGAUGAUGAUGAUGAGGAGGAGUAUAACCUAGUCAAUGAGGUGGAAUUAAUUAGACUCAGCUGCUGCUAAUGAUGAUGUUGAUAAAGAAGAAGAUCAUGGCUUGAUUUGGUUCUUGAUGAAGGAGUUUUGGAUGUUUCCAGAAAGCAGCUCAGAAACUUUCUACUUGUUGUGGAUCUUCUAAAGUGCUUCUGCUGCUGGUGGUCGUGGUAAAGGUGGAGGUGUUUGUAGUUGGGACCCCCACCUGUUAGUGCCAUGUCUAAGACCGGAGAGCGGAAGAACCACUGGAGCCGGCGGCUGCGGGAGAGCGCGGUGUCCCGGGACGCUCUGGCCGUGCCGCGGGGGCUGGCGGGCGGCGCUGAGCGGGGAGAGUUCGUGCACAUCGGUGCUCUGGAACCGGGAGGCGUGCAGGAGGGCGAGCUCGUGCUGGAGGUGGAGGGGGUCAGCGUGUCCGGACUGCCGCUGUACGACGUGCUGAGCCUCGUGCAGAAUUGCAGGGGGCCGGUCAGGAUCAAAAGUGUACCCCAAGGAAAUAAGCUAAACAAGGAUCUAAAGCAUUAUCUGAGCCAGAGGUUCCAGAAGUCUUCAGAUGACCACAAGCUCCAGCAGACCAUACGGGAUAACCUCUACCGCCAUGCUGUGCCUUGUACGACCCGCCCACCUCGUGACGGAGAGGUGCCUGGUGUGGACUACAACUUCCUGUCUGUGGAUGACUUCCUGAAACUCGAACAGAGCGGGACGCUUCUGGAAAUUGGCUCUUAUGAAGGUAACUACUAUGGGACCCCGAAGCCCUCGCCGCAGCCCCCCGGUGUGAGGGUGGUCAGCAGUGAUGUUCGUGCGGCCGGCCAGCCCAUCUCUCAGCAGCUCACGCCCCGCCGCAGCAAAUCCUACAAUGAGAUGCAGAAUGCUGGAAUAGCAGAAACAGAGGAUGAGGAGGAGCUUCCUGAAAUGAACAGCAGCUUCACAGGAGACUCGAGUGAACCAGACGAGCACCACUCGGUGCGCCCCUUCGCCCCGGCCCACCGGCUCAACAACGCCUUGGCGUCAACCACGGAGAGCACGCAGAACACACACACACACCCCAGCCACCCCACGGACGAGGACCCACUGGGCCCUCUGCCCGAGAACUGGGAGAUGGCCUACACAGAGAGCGGAGAGGUCUACUUUAUAGACCACAACACAAAGACCACGUCCUGGAUAGACCCACGGUGCCUGGACAAGCCCCAGAAGCCCCUGGAGGAGUGCGAUGAUGAUGAAGGGGUACAUACCGAGGAACUGGACAAUGACUUAGAGUUGCCCGCAGGCUGGGAAAAGAUUGACGAUCCAGUGUACGGGGUUUAUUACGUCGAUCAUAUUAACAGAAAGACUCAGUAUGAAAACCCCAUACUGGAGGCUAAGAGGAAGAAGCAGUUGGAGCAGUCUCAGCCCACUGAAGAAUGGAUAGAAGAGCACCCGUCAGGAGCGCCGCUAGCCAGCUAUGCUAACCACCAGGAGACGUACCGAGAGCCGGGCUCCGCCGCGCCACAGAUAGCAGCUAAACGAGGGAAGCCGUUCUUUACGCGAAACCCAGCCGAGCUCAAGGGCACCUUCAUCAACACCAAACUGAAGAAGAGCCGCCGCGGUUUCGGCUUCACUGUGGUGGGCGGAGACGAGCCGGACGAGUUCCUGCAGAUCAAAAGCCUGGUGCUGGAUGGUCCGGCGGCCUUGGAUGGCAAGAUGGAGACGGGUGACGUCAUCGUCAGCGUAAAUGACACCUGCGUGCUUGGCUACACGCACGCCCAGGUGGUCAAGAUCUUCCAGUCCAUCCCCAUCGGCUCCAUGGUGGACCUGGAGCUGUGCCGGGGCUACCCCCUACCCUUUGAUCCCGAUGAUCCCAACACCAGCCUGGUGACAUCUGUGGCCAUUGUGGACAAAGAGCCUAUUAUUGUCAAUGGCCAGGAAAGCUACGACUCGCCUUCCAGCCAUGGCAGCCAGUCAGCCGGGGCUGGAGGCAGCCUGAAUGGCUCCAGUGAACCCCCACGACCCCGCAGUCCAUCCGAUGAGGUGGCCUCAAACAGCUCCCAGGAGCGUUACCCAAGCGACGUGGUGACACUGGCGUCAUCCAUUGCUACGCAGCCCGAGCUGAUCACCGUACACAUGGAGAAAGGCGACAAGGGCUUCGGCUUCACCAUAGCGGACAGCCCGUCCGGUGGGGGCCAGAGAGUCAAGCAGAUUGUGGAUUACCCGCGAUGCCGAGGGCUGCGGGAAGGCGACAUUAUUGUUGAGGUGAACAAGAGGAACGUGCAGAACCUUUCCCACAACCAGGUGGUGGACAUGCUGAGCAAGUGCCCCAAAGGAAGCGAGGUCACCAUGCUGGUCCAAAGAGGGGUGGCUCCUGCAAAGAAGAGCCCUAAACUGCAGCAGUUGGAGAGAAAGGACAGCCAGGGCAGCUCUCAGCACAGUGUGUCCAGCCACCGCAGUGCCCCCUCGGACUCCUCACCGCUCCACGCCACACAGGCCCUGCCCAACGAGACGGCGGCCCCACCCGCCCCGGUCCAGCCCCUGCCUGGCCUCCCUCAGCAGGACGUCCCGGCAGACGGCACCCUCGCCAAGAAACCAGACCCCUUCAAGAUCUGGGCCCAGUCCAGGAGCAUGUAUGAAAGUAGGCUGCCAGAUUACCAAGAGCAGGAUAUUUUCCUGUGGAGGAAAGACACAGGCUUCGGCUUCCGGAUCCUUGGAGGGAACGAGGCAGGAGAACCGAUUUACAUCGGUCACAUUGUAAAAUACGGAGCAGCGGAUGAAGAUGGUCGACUGCGAUCUGGAGAUGAGCUCAUUUGCGUGGACGGAACGGCCGUUGUGGGAAAGUCUCAUCAGCUGGUGGUGCAGCUAAUGCAACAAGCGGCCAAGCAGGGCCACGUUAACCUGACAGUCAGACGCAAGACUGGAUACGGAGUAACUAAAGUGGACGGAGACGUACCUCCCUCGCCGGCCUCGUCUCACCACAGCAGCACACAGGCAGCGUCUCUGACAGAGGAUAAGCGCACCCCGCAGGGCAGCCAGAACUCCCUCAACACGGUCAGCUCCGGCUCCGGCUCCACCAGCGGCAUCGGCAGCGGCGGUGGAGGAGGAGGAGGUGGGGGGAACAGCAGCACGGUGGUGCCCAACACGCUCCAGCCGUACGACGUGGAGAUCCGCCGCGGUGAAAAUGAAGGCUUCGGCUUCGUCAUUGUCUCGUCCGUGUCCAGACCCGACGCGGGAACCACUUUCGCUGGAAACACAUGUGUGGCCAUGCCUCAUAAAAUAGGGCGGAUCAUCGAGGGCAGCCCGGCGGACCGCUGCGGGAAGCUGAAGGUGGGCGACCGGAUCCUGGCUGUGAACAGCUGCUCCAUCACCAACAAAUCCCACUCAGACAUAGUCAACCUGAUCAAGGAGGCGGGGAACACGGUGACUCUGCGCAUCAUUCCAGGAGACGAGUCCUCUAACGCCUCACUGCUGACCAACGCUGAGAAAAUCGCCACCAUCACCACCACACACACACCUCAACAGCAAGCUGCACCUGAGCCAAGAAACAACACCAAACCAAAACAGGAGUCUUUCGAGUUCAAAGCGCCUCAAGUUCCUCCUCCACCAGCCCCAACACAAGCCCAGAACCAGGACGAGUUCUACUCAGUGGAUCUGGAGAGGGACAGUAAAGGCUUCGGCUUCAGUCUGCGAGGAGGACGCGAGUACAACAUGGACCUGUACGUGCUGAGACUGGCUGAGGAUGGCGCUGCAGUGCGAAGUGGCAAAAUGAGGGUUGGGGACGAGAUCCUGGAGAUUAACGGCGAGAGCACCAAAGGCAUGAAGCACGCCCGCGCCAUAGAACUGAUCAAAAACGGCGGCCGGACGGUGCACCUCGUCCUGAAGAGGGGCGACGGCUCCGUGCCUGAAUAUGACAACGACAACGACGGCACCGGCCCCGUCGUCGGGUCUCAAACUGUUUCGGAAGUGAACACGGCACCUCCUGACACUCAGUCCCAUCCGCCAUUGGAUUCCAGCUCUCCACCAGAAAUUCAUAAACCAUCCCGGAAUGAGGAAAAGAGGGCACGAGAGACAGGUCAGCAGCAUCACGGCCGCCGCUCCAACCAUCACCAUUCCAACCACAGACACCGCUCCCCAGACAGGAAAGGCAAGAGUAAGGGCAAACACCACAAGGAAAGCAGUGGUGGAGACCGGUCCAGAAAGAAGGGCGACAAAAGGUCUAGCAAAGAUGACUCCCACCAUCACCACCACCACCACCAGAGGCACCGUUCACCAGAGAAAAGGCGUCGGGCCAGGAGUGCAGAGAAUACCCUGGACAACCAUUAUGGACGUCGGCAUGGCCGCUCACCAGAAAGACACCGCCACCGCAACUCGUCCCCCCAUAGGCACCGCUCACCAUAUCGGUCAGGACAACGCCACCGUUCCCCUCAGCGGCAUAGAUCACCUUAUCGUUCCCCACACCGCUCCAGAUAUCAGUCCCCCCGCAGGUCCUCCAACCCUUCCUCAAACAGACCUCGCAAUGGCAAGCCCCAGCAAGAUGAGGAUGUGUUCCUUAGGGAGCCUCCACCUCCAGAGCCUCCAUCGCGUCUGGAAAGUGUCUUGAGGGAGUCGCCUGCCCUGGACCGGCUAAACCGGGAGACUCCCCAGCCAAGACCAACGUAUGAGCAGAACAAUGUUUUGCCUCGACCAUCUUACGGAGGGUUAGACCGUGAUACCCUGCCCCGUCAGCCUUACAACCGGCUUGAACGUGAUACCUUGCCCCGACUGUCUUACGACUACGACCGCUUGACCCUUGAUGACGCCCUCCCUCAGCAGUCUCACAAUCAUUUGAACCAUGACACUUUUCCCCGCAGAUCGAAUGGUUUUUCUUCCAUCGAGCCGACUUACCGUGGAGACAGCCUGCUGAGAGGUCCUUACCAAGCCCAGAGCCUCCCCCGUGUCCGGACCCCCGACUCAGCCUUCGAAAGGUACAGCUCAUUGUUGAGGGGUCGUUCUCCUGAGCGAAGGGGGAACAACUCAAACUCCAGACUGGAGCCUUCUCCAGGGGCGAGCCGUUACAGAACCAGGAGCCUUGGGCGAGAAUUGUCCACAGACGAGGAAGACUCAGCAGAAGAAGAUGGAGUGGGAAGUUACUACAACAAGGUCAAGACUUCGGGCUUCAGCCGAGGCAAGGACACACUACCUGAGCCCAGGAGGAAGGCCUACAAAGACAACUCCAAAGAUCUCAGCAUCUGAUACACCAACACGCUCCGGCAAAAACAUGCCUUUCUCCAAACAAGUCCUCAUCCGAGGACCAUACCCGCGCAGACCCUUGGAUUUACUACCCUAUGGAUUUGACAUUCCGGUUUUCCUAGACAGAGAUUCCUUAACAACUUGUAACAAACAGCAGAAGAAUGGUUUUUAUUGUACGUUCCAGGAAUUGUUGUUUUUUUUCCCUUUCUUUCUUUCUUUUUCUACAAUUCCACAAACAGUUCUACAUUCAAUCAGAGAUUGACAACUAAUGUAUAAAGCAAACGAUUAUGUGCCUAAUAGUACCAUUCUUGAUGGUUUUUCUUUUAUAAAGGGCAGCCUUUUGAACUACUGUCUGACUAGAGUAUCUUCGGUUUCAGAGAACGAACCCAUGCAGCGAGCGCCUCUUUUCACCUGGUGCUCACAAAGUAUGCUGUGCAUGUCUUCACACUCUUCAGUGUCUUUCUUUCUCUUUCUUUCUUUCGUUUAUUUCUUUCUCUCCCUCAGUGCCAAUGUUUUUUAAACAUUUGACCAGAGUAUAGCACAAGUCUGCAUUCAUUUGUAUAUUUUUGACAGUUUGCAGUAUGUGUACAUUCAGAGGUGAUCAUUUUACGAGAAUGAAGGGAAAAUGAAGAAAAAAAACUAUGAUAAUGUGAAAAUAAAACUAAUAUAUAUACA